AUUCGCUCCGCCAUGAAAGUGUCGGCGAGAGGGUCGCCGCGCGUAGGGGUAGCGGGAGAGUCGGAGGGCAAUGGCUUGAAGAAGACGGUCCUCAUCCCUUUCCUCGGCAUGUCUAUGUCUUCCUUUUAGGGAGAGAGAGAGAGAGAGAGAGAGAGAGAGAGUCUUUUACCAUAUUCCCAUCAACACGUUCAAAAAAAUUCACUAGAGUCAUCCCUUUUGGCCUCCCUCUCAUGGGGCUUCUCAUGUUAAUGUAUGCUUCAUCCAUCUUGUACCUCGUCUUCAUCGUAUGGAGAAAGAUUGACCAGAGGAGAGACAAGGACUGUUACAUCUUGGACUACCAGUGCUACAAGCCUACGGAUGACAGGAUGCUCGACACUGGGUUCUGCGGGGAACUGAUUCGGAGGACCAAGAAUCUUGGUCUCUUGGAGUACAAGUUCCUGCUCAAGGCCAUUGUCAGCUCCGGCAUCGGAGAGCAGACCUACGGCCCCAGGAUGGUCUUCGCCGGCCGCGAAGCCAAUCCCUCAUUGGCGGACGGGCUCGUUGAGAUGGACGAGUUCUUCCACGACAGCGUCCAGAAGCUCCUGGACAGGUCGGGAAUCGCUCCUUCGCAGAUUGACGUGCUCGUCGUGAACGUCUCGAUGCUGGCGUGCAUCCCGUCCCUGUCAGCCCGGAUCAUCAACCGCUACAAGCUGAGGCACGACGUGAAGGUGUUCAACCUCACUGGGAUGGGGUGCAGCGCGAGCCUCAUAUCGGUGGACAUCGUGCGGAAUGUCUUCAAGUCCUACAAGAACGCGAACGCCCUCCUUGUGACCUCGGAGUCGCUGAGCUCGAACUGGUACUGCGGCAACGACCGGUCCAUGAUCCUGUCUAACUGCCUGUUCCGGUCAGGCGGGUGCGUUAUGCUGCUGACUAACAACCGGGCCUUGAAGGGCCGCGCCAUGUUCAAACUGAAGUGCCUGGUUCGGACCCACCACGGGGCGCGGGACGAGUCCUAUGGGUGCUGCCUCCAGAAAGAGGACGACAAGGGCCUGCCUGGCUUCCACCUCGGCAAGACCCUACCGAAGGCGGCCACCCGGGCCUUCAUCGACAAUCUCAAGGAGAUUGCCCCCAAGAUCUUGCCGGCCAGAGAACUGCUCCGCUAUGGGGCGAUGACUCUAGUCCGGAAAAUGAGGCAGGGCUCGGCGAAACUAUCCGGGCCGAGGCCGGCGAUGGACUUCAGGACGGGGGUGGACCACUUCUGCAUCCACACGGGCGGGAAGGCUGUGAUCGACGGGAUCGGGGCGAACCUCCAGCUGAGCGAGCACGACCUCGAGCCGGCGAGGAUGACGCUGCACCGCUUUGGGAACACCUCGGCGAGCAGCCUGUGGUAUGUGCUGGCGUACAUGGAGGCAAAGAGGAGGCUCAAGAGAGGCAACAGGGUGUUCAUGAUCAGCUUUGGCGCUGGGUUCAAGUGCAACAGUUGCUUGUGGGAGGUGGUGAGGGACCUGGGAAAUGAGGAAGAAGGCAAAGGCAACGUUUGGGAGGACUGCAUUGAGAGCUACCCCUCAAAGAACUUGGUCAACCCUUUCAUGGAGAAGUAUGGUUGGAUCAACCAGGAGGAACCAAGCACCUUCAACACAGACUCCUUACUAAGAUAUAAUUGAAUUGAAUUAAAGAAGAAGAAGAAGCAGAAGAAGAAGAAGAAGAAGAAGAUUUGGUUUUCUCCCCCUUUAUCCUUUAGAUGAUUACUAUUUGCUCCACUACACUUAGUCGUAUUCUGUAUCUUUUUGGAGUAGUGUUGUUGAGUCCGAUUGGUGGAUUUUCAACUGCCCAAUAAGUUUAAACUGCUUAGUUCUUUACCAUAUGAAAAGAUAUAGCCAUCAUCUUCUCCUUGUACUCUUCUUGAUUAGGGCUUUAAUUGCUCUCUUUUGGAGUUUGCAUGUACACUAUGAUUUUCCCAAUCUUAGAGCUGUAAUUGGGUUUACAUAUUUACUGGUGUUGCUUCUGAAAGGAAUAAAAGGGUCUCAAGCGCAAU